AUGUGUGUAAGCUCCGACACCAACACAACUGCAACCACCACCAAGAGAUUCAGACGACAAAAGAAGCUCAAAGAAGGACGAGAAGCUCGAGCCCAUACCCCAGUCCAAGUCCAACCAGAAGUCCAGUCCAGCACCAAUGGUACCACGACCCCCAUCGAGGUCAAGCCCGCUAAACAGCUAGACAACUUCUCAUCGAACAACUCCAAUUACCUCCUCCAGCAAAGAGGGUCAAGGCAUGCUAUCGAGUUGCCCCCACUCGUGACAUCAAGCACGCCGAGGACAAUGUCCCUCGAUGGCAGUGAUUCGGAUGACAAGGAUAGGAAGAAAGAUAAGAAGAAGAAGAAGCAUCAUCGUAAGCUCAGUAAGCAAGCCCUGGUCGAUGCCAUCGACAAGGAUGAUGACCAGGGGGACGAUAAAUCACUUGCAACACUCUCUGAAAAUAAUCAUGGGUCGUAGGUUAAUCAAUUGCCCUCCAACCUUUAACCUUUUUUUAAUAUUCGGGUCAGUAUUAUUAACUGUGCUUUGGAACUUUUAAACCGUCCAGGUUAGCUGAAAGGGUGAUUUGGAGAGUAAUAUAAAGGAGAUACUGUGAAUUUCUGGCUUUCAUUGCCGAAAAUUUGGCUCUUGUCAAAAUGGAGACCCAGAUUUAAAGAUAUCCUUUAUUAUGUAAUGGCAUCAUUCCUAGAGGUGAGCUUAGAUCUUUGGAUAACUUUUUUUUUCAAAGGAUGCUGAUGGAUGCCAAAUAGCAGUCCCGAUAAAGCCAUAUUGUAGUUGGGUUCCUCCUGCAUAAGGCUAUCUCAAAUACACCUUUGCCGAAAGCUCGCCCUUGUUUCCUGUACUAUUCCAUCCUUGUAAUGUGAAAAAACUUGGUGGGCAAUUUGUGACAUCUCUCUGAAAAUAGUACUCACAACGGUAUUGAGGACAUAUCUUCUGAUGAUGUCAGGAACCGUCACUAAUAGGCCUAGUGAUUGAUCUCGAAGCUGGUUUCUAUGAUUGAAUGCAUAGAUUAUUCUGUAUGAUCAGGACCCCGUCUUACAAAGAGUUACGAUUGAUCCAAUCAAUCACAACUACGGAAAGCCAGCAACGUCAACAUCUAAAAUACAUGAUUGUUUAGAAUAUUUCCUAGUUGUGAUGUAUAUUCAUAUUUUUCUUGAAAAUUCAGUGUGCUUCUCUUUGUUUACAAAGGACUUUGUGCAUAUUUUCUGAAGAAAAAAUUAUGACAUUGAUGGAUUUCCAUAUACUUUGUAAGACGGGGCGGAAUUGUAAUGAAACAGCCCCACCCUCAAUUGCCAAGCUUUUCAAGUUGUCCUCAAGGGUGGUGUACGUUUGCUGCGAUGAUUUUGCGACAAUGAGCUUACGAUGAUGAUCGACAGCCAAGGUGUGCCGAAGGCUGUAUUUCAUGUGGAAAGAAAUGCCUGAAGACACAACAAUCCGUUGGUCAAUGUAUUGUCUUUCAAGAAGCUGAAGGAUUUUCUGCAUAACAUCAGUGGGGUUUAUAGGAUUCUUAUCUCAAGUUCUAGUGAGUAUUGGUUUGCUCACCAGAACCCAGUCUCAAUUUGCAAAAUGGAGUCAAUGAUGUGCUCCUGUUGGUUGACAAGGUUACCAUCGUAUGUACCAAAGAUAUGGCAACCUUGACUCCCGGCUCUGAUACAAAUUUGACCUUUUACGAGACAUUGAGCUUAUCAUCCCAUUGACGUUAUGCAUUUAUUCAUUAGUCUGUAAGAUGAAAAAGUCAGGUUUAUUUCUCCUCACAUGUAUUAUUCUUCUUCUUAUCUAUAUAUCCGUCCAGAAUUGUUUGUUGGGAAGUUGUCAAUGAGAAGACUAUUUCCUAUUUUUGUAAAUUAGAUGUUUUAAGGAUUGCAAAUUCAAGUAAAAAAAAUGCCAAAAAUGUCCAAAAUGGACCAUAAAAAUAAAAAGAUGCUUUAGAUAGGUAAUUUACUCUAUAAAAAGCAAGAAAACUGUCAACUUGUUUUAUCUUGUUUGAUGAUGCCUACAGGUACGGGUAUGUUAAAUUGAAAUUGAAAAUAAAAACUUGACAAAAACAUUUCAUAUCUGUGCUAGUUACUUCUCAACACAAUCAUUUCAGAUUACACUUUUUUGUUCAGUGGUGACAUACCAUGAUAGAAAAUGUAAUAUAAAUCAUAGAUUUGACAUUUCUAUGAAACGAUGUUUGAAAAUAUAAUAAAAAACAAUAGAAUACAUUUGUAUUUAUACUUCUGGCAAGCGAACAAAUUUCACUGAAUUCCAUGGGUGUAUGUAAAUAUUUGGCCUCAACUGUACUUGAGCAAUGUUUUGCCUCAGAGGCUUGUAUCACAAAGCAUAGGGAUUGAUCGCAAAGUUGAUUUGUACAAUUGAUUGCAUGUAAUGAUCAAUUAAAUCAAUCUUAAGAAUCAGCCCUAUGAUCAAUCACAUAUGCCUAAAUAAAAUCUUUGUGAAAGGGUUUCAUGACGUUUGCUCUGGCGACAAUUGCUCCGAUGGAAAAUCUGCAUGUUAAACCCAAACAUGAUAUCUAACCUCCAAAACUAAAUAAACCUGAAUCCUUAUCUUAACAUUAUUCUGAAACAAAAAGUCUCUUACAAUCCUAACUCAAACCCUCUGCCCUCUGAUAUAUUCAAACUGCCAGAACAAUUGUUGUGUUACCUGUGAAAGUGGUGAUUUUGGGCCUGGAACCUUGAGCAAUUCUUUACCUCUUACUGUAUUAAAACCUGAAUCUAGCUGAGAGUGUCGUCUGGUCCAUUGUUUCACAGCAGGAAGAAAUAUUCAUGAUUAUGUUUAAACUCAUCAAAACCAAAUAUUUUGGUUUGCUUUCAAUUUUAACUAAGAUUGAUGAACAUGGUGGUGGUUGGUACAUGUAGAAACCGUUAUUGAAUUGGUGUUUGGAAUAAUUGAGAUAUUUUUUGAAAUAAUUGUAAUUAGAAACUCUUGACGGAAAAAUGAUCUGUUUGAAUAAUAUUGACCAGUCCAUAAGGACAUUGUUUAUAAUAGUGGGAAAUUUGCAUAAUGUCAUAAUGUUACGUCAUGAAUAUAUGUGUGCCUGUGAUUCCUCAUCACGAUUAGAUGAGACAGUGAUAUAGUAUUAAAUUCAAUAUUCAUAAAGUAAUUAUAUGAAUCUAUAGUACUACACUUAUGCCGUCAUGAAUAUUCAUAUCUUCACUUGAAGCUUAAGCACUUUAUCAAAGGAUUCUGAAGUACUUCAAUAACCUCUUUCUAUGAAACCAAUGUAGCUUGAAAAUGAAUGAAUAUUCGUAAUAUCUUCACUUGAAGCUUAAGCAUUUUAUCAAAUGAUUCUGAAGUACUUCAAUAACCUUUUUCUGUGAAACUAAUAAAAAGGUUAUCAUAUCAAGUACUACUACAAGUGUGUCAGCUUUCAGGUAAAAUUCUGAUUUUGGAUUCAGGAAAAUCCACAAUUUACAUGUGGAUAUCCAUGCACAUGUACUGUAUAAUUUAACUCUUUGUAUAAUAUCUUCAUAUUUGUAUUUACCAGCAAUAAAUGAUUUGUUGAAAAACAUUUAAUAUGUAGUUCACAAUAGCAUGCAUGUUGAAUCAUUGUAGCAUUUAAUGAGCAAAUGUUUGUGCAUGUUAAACUAUUGUACCAUAAAUAUAACAGAUACUCAAAAUUUAAAUUUAGCAUGAUUUUACAAUUACUUGCAGUAUGUACAUGUUUAGGUAACUAGAAAUAGAGUAUGUCUUUCAUCGUUUUAAUAUUUAUGUAAAAAGAUCACUUUUAGAAAUAAGUUUUUGAUGUGACCUUAGAUUGAGUAUAAAGGUAUUGGAUCUAUUUGUUCUCUCUGAAUACUGUAAACAUCUUUAAUAUUACUAUUAUUUGUUUGAAAUUUGAAAAAUUAGAAGCAAAGAAAAGUAUCAUGGAGGAAACAUCUUAAAUAAUAAAAAAAAUGGGUAUAUAUUUGAAAUAUGAUAUGGAAACAUGGGUAUAGGUUUUGUGCUAAUACAUUGAAAUAACAUUUAUUUAUCUAUUUGAAAGUUUCUUGAAAUAUCAUUUAUAUAUUCCAAUCACGUUCAUUUGUAGUAUGGAAUUUGCUGCAUUAUAUCCUUUUGUUUUGUAAUCUUGCAAGGCUUAUCAUCAAUAUUUGCUAAAGUAAUGGAAGUAUCAUAAAUGCAGUAUCACUACCUUUGUAUUCUGGACCAAAAUGAAUCUUAAUGCAAUAAGGAAAAUUGAAAAAAAGACAAUUAUUGUAUUUUCGAAGUGUGAUUUGGGAGGCCUUUUCAUUUUUAUCCCUAGGGAAAAAGUACAUACAUGUACAUGUAUUUACUUAUUAUCACAUUGUGCAAUUAGACAUUUGACCAAUAUUGUUUUUGCUGUGUAUAUUAAAACGAGAUAAAUGUAUAUCUUUAUGAUUUCAUUUUCAAAGAAAGUAAUGGCAGAUAAAAAUUGUGCUCCACAUAAAAUUUUGUCCAGUGUAUAUCUUUAUCAUUUCAUGUUUCAAAGAAACUGCAGUUACAUGGACAAAUUGUGCUGUACAAGAAAGUGUCGUCCAGAGAAUCAUAAGUUUGUAAAACUCGUCAAAUUUUUUUGUUUUGUUUUUUAAAUUGUAUUUAACUUUCUAUGGGAUACAAGUAUAUGACUUCACAUUAUUUAUGGGCAGUAUUUAUUGCAAUGAAUUUUCUAUCAUCUUUUUACCAUUAAAGGUAGUAGUAGACUUA